AUGCACAUCUCAAAUAGGAAGCACCCCUCUCUAUCCGUGGAUAUGCUAGGCGAUCUGGAGGGAUCAGGACUUGCAAGACUCGAAUGGACAAUCACACAUGCAGCAUCAGGCCUCAAAGUAUCGGGAUCUGAUUCAUGCAACAACAGUAUAUCUGCGCUACAGGCCGAAGAUCUUGCUCUCCUUGCAGCAAUCCAACAUGCAAAAACAUUGGGACUAAACACGGUAUCCGCUUUCUCUGACUCUCAGGAGCUUAUCAAGAUAAUCAAUAGCGUAUCAAAUUACAAGGAUCUUCAUGGAAUCGGUUUCGACAUCCAAGCUAUCUCUCACUCUUUUUCUAGCAUUUUAUUUUAUCAUGUACUCCAAAAAGACAAUCAAGAAACGGAUUCCUUGGCAAAGAAUGCAUUAUCCUCCUUUGGCCUGAACUCGAAUAGGCUUUAA